AUGUCAAUUAGUCAAAAUGAAAUCAGAAAUGAAACAUCUAAGGAUUGUGAACUUCAGUUAAUCUCACAUGCAAUUAAAACUGGAAAUUGGGACAACCUUAAAGAAUACAAAAUUAUACAACAAAAAUUUUGUGAAGUCGAUGGAAUUAUUCUUCGUGAAAAUAGAAUUGUAUUACCAAAAUCACUUCGACAAACAGCUAUCAACAUUGCGCACCAAGGACACUUAGGUGUUCAAAAAGCCAAGAAUUUACUUCGCAGCAAACUUUAUUGGAAAAGCAUGGACAGUCAUAUAACAGAAGCAUUAUCGAAAUGUAGGGCCUGUCACUCUGUAGGACCUAACCAUGCACCAACACCACUAAUACAUUCACCAUUACCAAACCAUCCAUGGGAGGAACUAGCUAUCGAUUUAUUUGGUCCAUUACUAUCUGGAGACAAACUGUUAGUAGUAAUCGACCUGUAUUCAAGAUAUCCUAUCGUGGAAGUUGUGAGAAACACUACUACUUCAAAUAUCAUGAACAAAUUAGAGAAUAUAUUUUCGUUAUUUGGAUAUCCAGAGAAAGUUCGUAUGGAUAAUGGACCCCCUUUUAGUGGAAAUGAUUUCAAAAAGUAUUUGAAAUUAUACAAUAUCAAAGCCAAACAUAUUGCACCCAUUAUCCACAAGAAAAUGGUGUAG